AGACACAGCCCGGCUCCCGGAGCGGCGCCUCCAGUCGCGGCGGAGCGCGGCGUUGGCGCGGAUGGAGGGCGCGAGCGAGCGGCCGCGGCGGCUGCACCCGGCGGGGCGCUGAUGCGGCGCCUGGACUUUCGCUGCUCGACUUGGGGGGCGUCGGCCGAGUGGGCACUCCGCGAUGCAGCUCCUGAAGGCUCUCUGGGCACUUGCCGGGGCCGCGCUCUGCUGCUUCCUCGUCCUGGUGAUCCACGCGCAGUUCCUGAAAGAAGGUCAGCUGGCCGCCGGCACCUGUGAGAUCGUGACCCUGGACCGGGACAGCAGCCAGCCACGGAGGACGAUCGCCCGGCAGACAGCUCGCUGCGCAUGCAGGAAGGGGCAGAUCGCAGGCACCACGAGGGCCCGGCCCGCCUGCGUGGACGCACGGAUUAUCAGAACAAAGCAGUGGUGUGACAUGUCUCCCUGUCUGGAGGGAGAAGGCUGUGACUUGUUAAUCAACCGGUCAGGCUGGACGUGCACGCAGCCCGGCGGGCGGAUAAAGACCACCACGGUCUCCUGACAAACGCAGCCCCAGAGGGGCCCCGGGAGUGGCCUUGGCUCCCUGGCAAGUCCACACCUUGGCCACGGUUCCCGUCCGUCGAGGACGACACCAUUCUCCGUCAUCCGCCCACCCUCCGUUUCUCUGUGGCCCGUCAAGGGCACCUGCUUCCUGGGCCUCCUGAGCUGAGUCUGUCCAUCCGGCUGCCCAGAGGAGUGAGGCCUGGGACACUGGGACACACAGCGGGGCUGCACCGGGCAUCCGUCCGUGGGAGCCUGGCCUGGCCCGCCCUCCCUACCGAGGAAGAGGAGGAGGAGGAGGCUGCAGUCCAGCUGGCCCGAAGGAGGACAGCACCGGCCCGGGGGAGGACGGACUCUCGGGCGCAGAAGUGGCCUCUCCUGGUGCCCCAGACUGUCCGAAUCGCUUUUAUUUUCUUACCCUUUCAGUAUAUUCAAUAGACCAAAGAUCAAAAUCUAUUUUAACGCGGACUCUCCCUCACCAUCAGAGUCCCUGGGUUUGACUGGGCGGCACAGGGCAGAGACAUGCUGGUGGCCCCGGCAGGGCGGAGGGGGCGGCCCCGCCAGAGGCCUCCGCCCCAAGGACACUGCGGUGCCACCUGAGGGGCCGGGUCGGCCGGAGGACCCCGCGGCUGCUCUGCGGGACACGGCGGGCGAUGUCCCCACGCAGCAGACCCGGCGGGCGCGCCUCCCCGGGAACCCAGGCCGCGUGCUCACCCCGCUCCUCUGUACUUAGAUGGACUUGAUCGUACUAAACUCACUUUCUGUUUUAACCAGUUAAACACGCCUCUCUGCAGCUCCAUCUGGUAGUGGGAUAAUCCAGAAUUCGCCAAGAGCAUGUUGGGUCUCCCAUGACGGCUGUCUCAUCAGAUCACCAUUUAGCUCCAGAAAGCAAAUUAAAGAAAACUAAAGUAACCCUUGUUUGAAAGAGAUCAUUAAAUGUAUUUUGCAAAGCCUAAA